AAAUAGUUGGAUUUCUUUUUAUGCGACUUCCUUGGUGUGUGCAACUGAAGUUAGUUUAAAAGUUGGCAACAGAGAGCCAAACCAAUAAAAGUUGUAGACAUUCUUGGGGUUUCAGAGCUUAUGAAUACCACCAUGGAAGCAAUUACAGAAGUAGAAGAAACAUUGUCUGAGCUGAGGCAGACCUUCAAAAGUGGCAGAACCCGAAGUGUUGCAUGGAGAAAAAACCAAGUUAGUGCUCUUCUUCAGCUCAUCCAUGAUCAGGAAGACAAGAUUUUCAAAGCACUCUAUGAAGAUCUAGGCAAGCACCCAGUUGAAGCUUAUCGGGAUGAGAUUGGAAUUGUGACAAAAACAAUCAACUAUACUUUGAGCAAUUUGGAGAAAUGGGUGGCCCCUAAAAAGAGUCGAUUACCAUUGCUCUUGUUCCCCACAAGAGGAGAGGUGCUGCCCGAACCACUCGGCGUGGUUCUCAUUUUUGCAUCUUGGAACUUCCCAAUAUCCUUGACAUUGGACCCUGUGAUAGGAGCAAUAUCUGCAGGUAACACAGUGGUUCUAAAACCUUCAGAACAAGCACCGGCUUGCUCUUCUUUUCUUGCCAACACCAUCCCUCAAUACAUGGACUCUAAAGCCGUUAGAGUUAUUGAGGGUGGGGCAGAAAUUAGUGAACUACUCCUGCAGCAGAAGUGGGACAAGAUAUUCUUUACCGGAAGUCCGCAGGUAGGGCGCAUUGUCAUGUCUGCAGCUGCAAAGAAUUUAACACCUGUUACUCUAGAGCUGGGUGGAAAAUGCCCUACUAUCCUAGAUUCCCUCUCCAAUCCUUCAGACUUAAAGGUGGCUAUCAAAAGAAUUGUAGGAGGGAAGUGGGGGCCUUGCAAUGGGCAGGCAUGUAUAGGAGUUGAUUAUAUACUCAUCGAGGAAAAGCUUGCUUCCACUCUGAUCGAAUUACUAAAGAAAACAGUCAAGAGAUUUUAUAGCGAUAGCCCCAAAGACUCAAACUGCAUAGCCAGAGUCAUAAAUAGGCGCCAUUUUGAGCGGCUGCACAAUCUCCUCAAAGACCCUCUUGUGGCAGAUUCCAUUGUACAUGGCGGUUCACUUGAUGAAGAAAAUCUGUUCAUCGAACCAACAAUCCUGUUAGAUCCUCCACUUGAUGCUGCAAUCAUGACUGAAGAAAUUUUUGGUCCACUGCUUCCAAUAAUCACGUUGAAAAACAUUCAAGAAAGCAUAGAAUUCAUCAACUCAAGGCCAAAACCUCUAGCCAUUUAUGCCUUCACUAAAGAUGAAGAAUUCAGGCAACGAAUUCUAUCAGAAACAUCGUCAGGAAGUGUGAUUUUCAACGACGUCUUGAUUCAGUUUCUCUGUGAUGCUCUACCCUUUGGUGGUGUUGGUCAGAGUGGCUUUGGCAGGUACCAUGGGAAGUAUUCUUUCGAUACUUUCAGCCAUGAGAAAGCAGUCUUGCGAGGAAACUUCUUCGUUGAACUUGAGCCUAGAUAUCCUCCAUGGAAUGACUUCAAAACGAAAUUUAUCAGAUUGGCCUACAAUCUUGACUACUUGGGCCUACUUUUGCUUUUCCUGGGACUUAAAAGGCAGAAUUUGCAUUGAAUCAUACAAGUGAUCUACAAAGUAUAGUUAUAGUCCUAUUCCUACAUCUUUAUUUCGACAGGUCGAUUUGGAACAACCUUUCCUGUUUUACUUAUUGAGUACUUGUAAAUUGUACUGUGUGUUUUCUGAAAUAUGUAGUUUGAUACUCUAUUUGUUAAGAAGUAAUAGAUUAACUGGAGUCUCACAAAA